UUUUUUUUUCCAUCGCAACCAAUCAAAUACCCUGUUGGCUUUCUUUAGGUCUGUAGAAUUGCAUCGAAGCUCUGCUCUGCUCUCCGGUCGCUGGUCUCCCAUGAAGCCGCCCGCAGAGUCAACAGUCAAAAGCGGGCUUAUUUCUAAAUCGACGUCAAACUGCUUUGCCUGCCUUGACUACCAAUUCUAUUUUCAUAAUCUUCAAGUCUCACAACUAAGAGUUCCGUCUCCUUUCGCACUUUUACGCAAACCGUCCCCUUUUAAUUGAUUGAUACCCCAGCCCGACACAAACCCAAUCCUUUUACCUUGUAACUCGACCAAAACAUCCCACUAAAAUGUCGACUGCGGAUGAGCUUAAGGCUCUCGGCAACAAGGCCAUCGCCGAGAAGAACUUCGAUGAGGCCAUCGACGCUUUCUCCAAGGCCAUCGAGAUCGAUGCAUCCAACCACGUCCUCUACAGCAACCGAUCUGCAGCCUACGCCUCCAAGAAGGACUGGACCAACGCAUUGAAGGAUGCCGAGAAGACAACCGAGAUCAAGCCCGACUGGCCGAGAGGUUGGGGAAGAAAGGGCGCUGCUCUGCACGGUGCCGGUGACCUGCUGGGAGCUUACGAUGCAUACGAGGAGGGUCUCAAGCAAGACCCCAACAAUGCCGGUCUGAAGAGCUCGCUGGCUUCCGUCAAGUCCGCCAUGGACAGAGAAGGUGGCGCUGGCGGCGACCCUAUGGGUGGAAUGGGCAACAUGUUCAAGGAUCCCAACCUGCUGCAGAAGCUCAUGACCAACCCCAAGACCAGCGGCUACUUCUCCGACCCAUCUUUCAUUGCCAAGGUUCAGCAACUACAGAAGAACCCCCAGAUGACCCCAGACCUGUUCAGCGACCCCAGAAUGAUGCAGGUUCUUGGUGUCGCCAUGGGCGUCGACCUCGACAUGAGAGCACCCGGCGACAUGCCUGGUGGCGCAUCGGGUACCAAGGAUGCAGAGGAAGAUGUCGAGAUGCCCGACGUGAGGCCCGCAAGCUCUAGCCCUGCGCCCAAGAAGGCCCCCGAGCCCGAACCCGAGUCCGAGCCCGAGCCCGAGCACGACGACGACGAGCUGGCCAAGAAGAAGGCCAAGGAGGAGGCUGACAAGGAGAAGGCUUUGGGUACCGAGAACUACAAGAAGCGCAACUUCGACGAGGCUAUCAAGCACUACACUGCCGCCUGGGACCUUCACAAGGAUAUCACCUACUUGAACAACCUGGGUGCCGCAUACUACGAGAAGGGUGACUACCAAGCCUGUAUCGAGGCCUGCACCAAGGCCAUCGACGAGGGCCGUGAGAUCUAUGCCGACUUCAAGCUGAUUGCCAAGUCCUACGCCCGCAUCGGUAGCGCCUACGAGAAGCUGGGUGAGAUGGACAGUGCCAUCGACAACUUCAAGAGAUCCCUCACCGAGCACCGUACCCCCGAGGUCAACGCUAAGCUCCGUGCUGCCGAGAAGAAGAAGAUUGAUGAUGCCAGGAAUGCCUACAUCGACCCCGCCAAGGCCGAGGAGGCUCGUGAGGAGGGUAACAAGAAGUUCAAGGACCAAGAUUUCCCUGGUGCUGUCGCCGCAUACAGUGAGAUGGUCAAGCGUGCCCCCGAGGACCCUCGUGGGUACAGCAACCGCGCUGCUGCCUUCGUGAAGCUCUUCGAAUUCCCCAGCGCCCUGCAAGACUGUGAUUUGGCCAUCAAGAAGGACCCCAAGUUCAUCCGUGCCUACAUCCGUAAGGCACAAGUCUACUUUGGCAUGCGCGAGUACAACAAGUGCUUGGACCAGUGCAACGAGGCGUCGGCUGUCGAUAACGAGCACCACAACGGCGCCAAUGCUCGUGAGAUUCAGCAACAGCAGGAGAAGGCUCUGCAAGCUAUGUACUCUGCUCGCGAGAACGAGACCGAGGAGCAGACCAGGGAGCGUCUGCAGAAGGACCCCGAAAUCAUGUCCAUCAUGCAAGAUCCUAUCAUGCAAUCUAUCCUGCAGCAGGCUCAGUCUGAUCCUGCCGCCCUUCAGGAGCACAUGAAGAACCCUGGCAUUCGGGCUAACAUCCAGAAGCUGGUCGCUGCUGGUGUUAUCCGCAUGGGUCGAUAAACAACAACAACAAAAGUGACGAGGAAUGACGGCUCAGGAAGGAUGCUACAUUGGUAAAGGCUAUGGAGCGCUGGCAUGGUGUACUCUAUCUAAUUCGGUCAUUUUCUUUUUUCGGCGUCGCACAAUUGCAUGGCUGGAGUAAAUAAUAAUGAUUGCACGAUUCUUAGAUCUACCGAUUUCACUAUCUUGUGUGUAUGUUCCUCACGGGCUACCCU